AUGUUAGGAAAAUCAUCGUCUAAUAACAGCAUCAAAUCAUCAACAACACUAGCAAAUAUAUCGGAUUGUACUAGUAGACAACAACAGUUGAAAGUUACAUCAUUAGUUUCAAUUGAUAACGCGUCACUAGUUCAAGAAGAUAAUGUGGACGAUGGUGGAAGACGAAUAUCAAAAGACGUAAAACAUCAUUCAACUGGUAAAAUUGUAACUGAUUAUACAUAUCACGAUUGUUCACUAACAAAAAUGUUAUUGUUAUAUGCACAACUAGACGAAAAAGAGGAAAUAAUGAGAAAUACAACGGGUACACCUCCGAUUCUAACCAAAAACAAUAUAUUGGAUAAUGUGUUAACUCUGUUAGAAAUGCAUUUUCAAACGCAUGCUGAUGAAGAACAUCAUAUUUAUUUUGAAGGUUUGUUUCAGAUUCUUUACUCAUUUCGUGAUAAUGUCACCGAGAUACAAAUUAUUGAAACAAUGCUGUUAUUGAAAUUAAAUGUCAAUUCACCAAUAUCAUUUGAAACUUUUAUCAUGAUUGUCUGUCAUUUACCUAAAUAUCGUUCAGCAAAAACUCAUUCAUAUUUAGAUGUGUUUAUUCAGUUGGAUGCUAAUCAUGAUUCCUAUGUGACAUACGAUGAUGUGUUGACUAGUCUGCCGAAAUUGGCAUUGGAUUUGAAUGAAGAAUCGAUUAAAACUGCAAUACACAUGUGCGAUAUUGAUCAUGAUAAUGAUAAACUGAGUUAUUUUGAUUUUGUUACCAGUAUGUUAGCAUUACGAUAUUGCAAAUUAAUAUUAACAAAUAAUAACGAAGAAUAA